GGCCACUACAUCCGCUAUAUUAAGGGAUGGUGAUAGCUCUGUUCUGGGAAAAUCAUCCUGACAACUUGAAGCUGAGAUUCAAAGAAAGCCAAUCAUGCCUUUCCAUCCGUCCAAGUACAGUGACGAAGUUCAGAAGGUGUCCAAGGACACACCCCUAGAAGAGAUUGUAUAUCUACUCAAACGAGACGGCGGUGUCUUCAUCAGGAACCUCAUUCUUGAAAGCGAUGUCGAUCAAGCCUAUGAGGAGAUCAAAUCGCGGUUGGACGAAGAUACCGAAUGGAACGGCACCUUCUUUCCAGCACAAACCCAACGGGCUCCAUCGCUCAUUGCCAGGAGCCCGACCUACACCAAGACUCAGCUCAUGAAUCCCCUCUUUCGCCAAGUCUGCGACCACUUUCUCACCUCCCGCAGAUGGUACUGGUGGGGCGACGAGAAAAAGCUCUCCGUGUCCAAGCCCUACGUGCACUCGUGCGCGGCGAUGCGGAUCGGUCCUGGAGGCGCAGCCCAGCCCCUGCAUCGAGACGACUACAUCAGCCAUCGCUGGCACCAGGAGAUCGGCCAGUGGGACGACGUCCGCGAUGCGGAGCGCGAGGCCUCCGUUGGUCUGUUCGUGGCAGGCUGCCGGGUCACUAAGGAGAAUGGAGGUACUGCAUUCAUCCCGAGGAGUCAUCUCUGGGGUUCCGACCGAGCCACUCCCCCCAAAGUGGAGCAAUGCAUCUACGCCGACAUGGAGAAGGGCGAUGGCUUCAUCAUGCUUGCGUCGGCAUUUCAUGGGGGAGGAGCGAAUAUCACUGAGGAUGAGAAGCGCUUGCUGUUCGCCACCUUCAUUAUUCGAGGCUAUCUGCGUCAGGAGGAGAAUCAGUUCCUGGCAGUGCCAGCUGAGGUCGCCCUGAGCUAUGAUCGGGAGGUCCAGGACUACAUGGGCUACUCGAUGAGUGAACCGGCGUGUGGCUGGGUCGAGCUAAUGGAUCCAAUUUUUCAUUUGCGUCCGGAGCUGAAGGGAGAUGGGCGUCCAACAGACUUCUAGGCGGGUUUUGGCGACGAAUUGUGUAUCCAAAAAUCUUUGGUUGUCAUUGACCUUGGGAUUGUAUUUCCUUUCGCUUAAAAGAACAAAUGUACAUUCC